AUGUUAUUCAGUCCGACCAGUUUAGAAGAAUGUUUACAAGAGUGGGGAGAUCUGGAAAAGGACUAUCAACAGAUCCAGGAGACUCACCGCCUGUAUCGCCAGAAGCUCGAGGAGGUGUCGAAGCUUCAGGAAAGUUGCUCCACUUCUAUUGCAAGGCAGAGGAAAAAGUUGAAGGACCUGGCCGUUUCACUGGAGGAAUGCAGAAACACGGAGAAAUCAGAGGAUACAAAUGUCAUAGAUGUCAUCCAGGAAUCUAUAAAAGAACGACCAAACGUAUUUUUUGAUAUGGAGGCCUUCCUUCCAAAGAAGAAUGGGUUGUACCUCAGCCUCGUGUUGGGAAAUGUGAAUGUAACACUACUCAACAAACAAGCCAAAUUUGCCUAUAAAGAUGAAUACGAGAAAUUUAAACUUUGCCUGACCGUCUUGUUGCUACUCUUCUCGUUCACCUGUCGGUUUGUGGUGAACUACAGAGUUGUAGAUGCGCUGUUUAAUUUCCUGUUGGUGUGGUAUUACUGUACACUGACAAUCAGAGAGAGUAUCCUCAUUAACAACGGCUCCAGGAUCAAGGGCUGGUGGGUGUUUCAACAUUAUGUGUCAACCUUCCUCUCUGGAGUAAUGCUAACAUGGCCUGAAGGUGAACUCUAUCAGAUGUUCAGAAACCAAUUCCUGUCUUACUCCUUAUAUCAAAAUUUUGUUCAGUUCCUGCAGUACUACUAUCAGAGCGGGUGCUUGUACAGACUGCGCGCUCUGGGAGAGAGACACAACAUGGACCUGACAGUUGAGGGUUUUCAGUCGUGGAUGUGGAGAGGGCUGACGUUUCUCCUCCCUUUCCUGUUCUUCGGUCAUUUUUGGCAGCUCUAUAAUGGACUGACACUCUUUGGAAUGGCACAGUUACCAGAGUGGAAAGAGUGGCAGGUGCUCAUGUGUGGAUCAACCUUUUUAGUUUUGUUCAUGGGCAACCUCUACACCACUCUGGGUGUUGUUUAUCACAAGUAUAAGGACCAGGACAAAGCCAAGGAAUUAUAA